CUUGUACCAUGUGACCUCUGUGAUAAUUCACAGAUUUCAGUAGUAGUAAGUAAUGAUGUCAGAAGUGACACCUUGCUUACUACUAUUCAUGAGAUCACUGAUUGGCCAAUCAGUGAUCACAUGAUCAGGAUCUCACACAGAGGUCCCGUACAGUGAUCGGUGGUGCCGUGCACUCCCAGGAAGCACGCACAGCCUAUAAAUGCGGGCGCCGUUUAUGAAUGGCAACCCGCUCCUGCACUACUCCCGCCCGGCUGCUUAUGUACACGGGCCGGACAGGAAGUGGUUAAGUUGUCAUAGCACUGG